AAAAGAGAUCCUGGCAGGGCAAGAUUCGGCUGUAGCUACAUUCGCGCGCCAGGGAUCGAUCGCUCCUCACGCAAAGGAUCCCCGGUUUUCGGCGAUCUCUGGCGAGCGAUCUGGCUGAAAUGCCGGAGUUGAGCUCGCAGGACGAUUCUUGUGCUGUGCUGGAGCGGGAGGAUCACCAUGGAAGCGGGAAGCUCACGCGGCGCGCCUCGGCGGAUGCCGCGUUGGCGCUUCACGCGCCCUCAUUUGGACGGCGGCACCGGGGGCCGAGAAGAGCUGUCACGGAGAUGAUUGUGGGGACUCCCAUCGAGCAGCAGCCUUCUUUCAAAGCGGAUUUCCAACACGCUGCCUCGGAAACUUACUUGAUCACGCAGCUCAGCUUCAAGCUCCUUUCAUAUCUCGGUGUGGGAUAUCGAUGGGUGUGUAAGCUCAUGGCACUGGGCUUGUACGCUUUAUUCCUCAUGCCGGGCUUUAUUCAAAUUGGGUGGUACUAUUUUACUUCUCCCUGUGUUCAUCGAAGCAUUGUUUAUGGAGAUCAGCCAAGGAACAGGUGCUUCUUUCGCUCCACUUUGAAAAUUUGCUGUCAACAGAGAUUUGCUCUGAGCAGGUUGGACUUGUACUUACCAGAGAAUUUGGACAAGCCAAUGCCAGCUGUGGCAUUUGUGACCGGCGGAGCUUGGAUCAUUGGGUACAAGGCAUGGGGGUCUCUUUUAGCAAAACGUCUUGUCGAAAGAGAUGUUAUAGUUGCGUGCAUUGACUAUAGGAAUUUUCCCCAGGGUACCAUCAGCGACAUGGUGGAAGAUGUAGGAAAUGCAUUGUCUUUUUUUUGUAACAACAUAGCAAGCUUUGGAGGCGACCCAAACAAACUUUUUCUUGCCGGUCAAUCGGCAGGUGCGCACCUUUCUUCUUGCGCUCUAAUAAUCCAAGCAAAGAAGCAAAAGCUGAAUGGGAGAUCCAGGGUGAUGUGGACUCCCUCCCAGUUCAAAAUGUUUUUCGGGAUUUCUGGAGGGUACAAUUUGCUUGAACUUGUCGACCAUUUCCAUCAGAGAGGACUGUACAAGUCAAUCUUCUUAAGCGUUAUGGAAGGCGAGGAGUCUCUGCCUCGGUUUUCACCCGAGCUCGUUGUUAAACGCAAGGAUUUCCAGCCAUGGAUGCAUCUUUUGCCACCAGCCAUGCUCUUCCACGGAACGGCCGACUAUUCUAUUCCAUACCAUGCGACGGUUCGAUUCGCAGACUCCCUGCGAGCAGCAGGAGUGAAAGUUACAACAAAGCUUUUCCCGCAUAAGACGCAUACCGAUUUAUUUUUACAGGAUCCAAUGCGUGGAGGCCGAGAUGAGCUUCUAGAGCACAUCGUGGCAUUGAUUUAUGAGGGAGAAGAUGCACCCGAAUCAGUCGUCUCGGAGCAACUCGUCCCUGAAAUACUGCUCCAAUUGGCUCGACUCGUCAGCCCCUUCUGAGAAACCACCGCAGAGAUUCGAGAAGACGAUCGACCCGCCUGUAUUAUUCACUCGGUCACUCGGUCACCCGUGUACCUUGUACACUUAAAUUUUAUAACAGAGAGUAGCAGCAGCACAGUCGUGCCGUGGCCAAGCACAAGCCAAAGUUAAAGUUCUCCUCCUCAUUCUUUCUGCGGCUAAGUUAAUAUUUCCUUUGUCAGUCUUGUUUUUGACCAUUGUUUUGUUUCCUUCGUUCUCUGAUGAGGCUCUAGUAUCGAGUCGAGGCGUGCAUUGUCCUCCGCGCACACAGCGACCAGGCUCUUUUUCUCUCUCCCUCUUUUCCUUCGUACACUGCAGCGUAAGCUUGUGCUAUAACUAAUGCGAUCUUUCUCUCCCUCCUUGGUUUCUACAGAACAGAAAAACAAAAAAACAAAGGUGACGCGCGAGCUACGUUGUUGAACCACCAGAAAUCGAAGUGGGAAGUUUAUGGUGGUGGUGAUGCAAUGUAAUGCACACUAACCGGCCCGUUUGUUUGGAGCCUUUUGCUCGUACCAGGCUUUAAUUUCUUUAAUUUUUAUUUUCUGUU